CCCUGAGCUAAAGUAUUGGCAGUGAGGGAGGAGUCGAUCAGUUUGGCCUCAACACGUAGAUAAAUCAUAAGCUGUUCAGAAGUGUUGCCGCAGCGGUGAACAUCGUUGCCAUCGCUGAUCUGCAUGGCUUUCUAAUGUAAAUUGCUCGGAUUGAUCGUUACUUCGACAUCGUAACUGGCUUGAGUGCUUGAAUCUUGAAAACAUCUGAAAUGUCCGAGUGCUAUCAAUUCCCUCCAGAGGUGAUAAGUGAUCUAAAGAAUCACAAGAACGAUGACCUAAGAGAAGCGUUGAAAAAAGAUAAAAGUCUCUUCACAGCGUGCGACGACUUCGGCACGUUGCUGCAUUAUGCAGCUCUACUCGACAAUGCAGAUAUCAUGCCCGAUUUGGUCGCAGGCGGAUCUGACCCUAAUUCAUUGGAGGGCAAAAGAACUACACCUAUAGUAACAGCUGCGUUAUCUAAUUCUACGGCAGCAUUAGAACAGUUGUUCCGACUGGGAGGCAACUUCGAUAUUAAUUCCCGUGAAGGCCUAUUUGUCGUGUACAAGCUUUUGAGUGAACAACGCACAGAGCCGGAUAUGAUUGCAAUAUUCAUCGACAAGUUCGUGAAACCUAAAACACCUACUCCCCGGGAGAUGGCUGACAUCUUUACACGCUGUGGCUCCUCGCUGUAUCACGUCAGCUGUGCCAGAAAUAUCAGUGUGUUAGAGGAAAUGCUGACUCAUAGAAAGAUGAACAUCAAUUCUAAAGGCGAUUUGCAAAAAACUGCACUGCAUUCAGCUGUAAUGCUGAAAGACCUGAAUCUCGUGAAGUGGCUUCUCCUUAAGGGUAUUGAUAUUAACGCAAUUGAUGUUGCGGGCUUCACGGCGUUAUCUCUCGCCUCGUACUACGGUCAAUUGAAUAUGAUCAAGGUGUUGUUGAGAUACGGCGCAAAUGCUAAUGCCAAGGACACGCAUGUUGGGCUUACACCUGUAUACCUAACUUUUGCGGGUGCCUGCAAAAAUAUUACUACGCAACGAUAUGACGAAUGUGCUGACUACCUACUUCAUAAUGGCGGUGUUCCCUCCAAUCCGAUCAAUAUCCUUUCGCGUAACUCGGAUGGCUGUCAAUUUAAAACUUUGGCCGAUCAUGCAUUUGAUCGAUGCAACUACAAGAGGUUUAGAAGUGUCGUUUGUCAUCAGGCAAUAUGCCAUAUGGCCGGCAUUCGCUACGAUCCGACUUACCUGUACAGUUUAAAUCCAGAAAAUCAACCGGCUGUGUCCGCUAGUAAAGAGUACUUCCUCCUGUGUCUGAAAUUGCUCGAUCUGCCGGUGUUUAAAAGAGUGACGAUAUUUGAGUUAUUGACCUGGUGUGACUACAGGUUGAAAGAUUAUGUACGCGACAGAAACUUUAAACGUGUAUUUACGGAAGCUUCCGUCAAAUACUGUCUGAGCCUUUCGUAUCCCUACUACUAUGACGCUCUCAUGGAACGUAUUUCAAGACUCCAAAGAAUUAUUUUUUUGGAAGACGCUUUGCAACGUUAAUAGUUAGUUGCUUUAAGCAUCGCUGUACUCGAAAAUUAACACCGAGUAUGCGAAUUAACCAAACAUUGUCAUUGUUUGAUCUUAAACUACAAUUAUCGUAUGUAUUAUAAACAUUUUACAUGAUUACAUAUGAAAAUAAUUAUUAGUUA